AUGAAACCACUGCUCAUCUACGUAGAAUUGAUGAGGACAAAAGUGGAAAACCAUGAUAAUAUAACAUCCAUUAAGAAUAACGAAAUUGAAGGCCUUCAAAUGAAGAUAUCCCAAUAUGAAUCAGAUUUAAUAAAGAAUUUGAGAGAGCAGAUUAUUGCUGGAUUGAGGGAACAGAUCAUCAAAAAGGACAGCGAAUUAAAGCAGCAAAAGUUUGACCAGCAAAAUGUAUAUGAAACUAUCAUUCAGGAACUGAGAAACUAUAAAAAUAUAACAAAAAAUAUUGACCAAAAGAACCAGGAAAUAUCAAAAUUCCAAGGUCAAAUUAAUAGCGAGGCAGUCAAAUCGAGGGAGUUUCAGAAACAGUUGGAGGAACAAAAGAAAAAUAUUGACCAAAAGAACCAAGAAAUAUCCAAAUUCCAUCAACAGUUGGAGGAACAUAAGAAAUCCAUUGAGGAAAAGAAUCAAAAAAUAUCCAAAUUACAAAACGAUGUCAACAAAAGCGAUGUGAAAUUGGAGGACUUAAAGGAGAUUAAUUGCACAUCUUUUGGAGAUGCUCCUUGUGUUCAUAAAAUCAGUUUUUCUCAUUACUCCUUUGAUGUCUUAUGCGACUCGGAGACAGCAGGUCCUGGAUGGAUAGUUAUCCAGCAGCGAAUCAAUGGUAAAGAAGAUUUCAACAGGUCUUGGACAACAUAUCGCGAAGGCUUUGGUUCCUUUGAUGGCAACUUCUUCUUGGGCUUGGAUAAGGUCCAUCGCUUGACGAGCUACAAACCCCAUGAAUUCUAUAUACAUCUGGAGAACUUUGAAGGAGAAAUAGAAUAUGCGAGAUAUAAACAAUUUGAAAUUGCUGGCGAAAGCGAUGAAUACAAACUGAGCUUUAGUGAAUUCAGUGGCUAUAUUUAUAAAUAUUCAUCUACAGUAGACACAAUUGAAACUAUUCCCAUUUAUUUGUCUGUCUAUUAUGAUUCUGUCAAAUAUGAUUUUAUGCUACUGCGAAAUAAAUAA